UGACACAUAUUUUUAUUAAAAUAAAAUUAUUGAAUGGAAAAAUAGACCAACACAUGCCAUCAGGAAAAUGCAUGACCGUUAUCAGUUUCUAUUUAAAAUUGUUUGAAUAUCGCUGUUACAUUUUUUCUCAGAAUUUUAAUUUUGAAUUUAAGUGUAACAGUACUACGACAUAGUUGAUUAAUAAUAAUUUACAUUUUAGAAACUGAUACAAGUGUAGCAAAAUUAUUAAAAGUGACUAAUGUCACCGCACAUCCGCCUUUUUUAACGGAAGCUUUAGAUUGUGACGCAAUGAUUUGGGUCGACAAAACUAAUUAAAGUAUGGCUCCAGUUUGUCUUCCAUUCCAGCAUUCGUCAAAUACAUUUGAAAAAAGCCAAGUGCAGAUUUUAACGGAAAUCUUUUCGAAUAAACAAGACAUUUGUGUUUAUAAAGUUUAAUUUUACUUCUUCUUCGAAUUAGUUCUUUCACUGAUUGGAUUUUACGUCAAACAUCGAAAGACUUUAUUUAUCGCAGAAAGGAAUAAUCCGGAAAAAAUUUCUAUAGAUAUAUUGUUUGUAAUUGUUUAAUAAAAGAAACUUAAAUAACAUAAAUAUUUAGCGAUAGAUAUUUUUUAUCUUUAUUUCUGUACAUAGAUUAAUUUAAGACAGUUAUCUUGAUAAAAUAAAAAGCAAGUCGUUAAUAUAUUUAAAUAAAUAUACUCAAAGUUUUAAAUCGAAAAAGUGAUAAAUGAUCAAUUUUAAAAACACACGUGUCUAAUAAAACAAAAUAAUAGAUUUUAUUCUACGACAUUUAUUAAUGACAACCACCUGGAAACACGCUACCAUUGCUUAUUAAUUGUUUAAUAGACACCGAAUUUCAUAAAUACAAAAAAAAUACGGCCAUAAAAUGUACACAAGUGUGUUAUCAUUUUUAUCAGCAACUCGACCUCAAGACACGCGUAUAUAUAAUAAUAUAUAUCAUUGUCAAAUUAACCAAAUGAUUUAGUUUACGAUUGAAGAAAGGAGGUAUCAGGCCACAGUUAGCUAACGAUGAAAACAACCCGGGUGUACUCAGUGAUAUCGCUAUCACUAUCUCUGAUAUUACUUUUCCCGAGUGUAUUGGGAAUUAUUAAUGAAGAUUUCGGAGGUUGUGAUUACGAACAAGAAAUACAAGCCGGUCAGAGUUACCCCGUUUUUAGUCCCAAUUUUCCGUAUGCGAAUUAUCGACCAGGAGCUAAGUGCCGGUGGACUGCUAGAAGUAAUCAGCAGAUUAAAAUGACAUGCAAUACUAUUUCGUUACCUCAGAGUUAUGGAUGUAGUCUUGACGUACUCAAAAUCCAGAGCUCAUCUUCAAAACCUGCUCAACGAUACUGUGGAACUCGUCCAUUCAGUGUCACCUCUGAAAAUAAUAGAAUUGUUGCAACACUAUUAAGCUCAUCAGCAACUGGUGGAUAUUUUUAUUGUACUCUUAAAGCUGUGAGCAAUGCGAACACUAAUUGUAGGUGCGGCUGGAAAAAUCCGACCAGAAUUGCCGGUGGAGAAGAUACUGGAGUACAUGAGUACCCAAUGAUGGCAGAAAUUAUUGAUUCUAGUGGCGGAAUUAUUUGUGGUGCGACAAUUGUUAAUAAUAAACAAGUAAUAACUGCGGCUCAUUGUGUUGCCGGAAGAAACUAUAAUAGUGUGGGUGUUUUGGUGGGUGAUCAUGAUUUAUCGACAAGAACCGAAACCACCGCAACUAAAUUAUUUCGAGUGGUUUCAUUUGUAAUCCAUUCAUUGUACAACGAACAUACUUUGGAUUACGACAUCGCUUUGAUAAAUAUUGAUGGUACUAUUGAAAUUUCUGAACAAGUAGGUCCGGUUUGUUUACCAUUCAAGCAUUCUCAAAGUCAUUUUCAAGACGAAACUGUUGAAAUUUUAGGCUGGGGUUCACUUGGUCCUGUUCAAAGCCAAUCGAAUGUACUCCAAAAAGCUCAAGUAAAAGUAAUUACCCAGCAAAGAUGUGCAAAUGACUACCCAGGAAGAAUUGGAUCCAGACAAUUGUGCACUUUAGAAAAUGAAAAAGACAGCUGUCAAUAUGAUAGCGGCGGUCCAGUUUUGUGGCGCAAUCCUGAAACAAGAAGAAUAAUUCUAAUUGCAAUGAUUGGCUACGGUAUGAUUUGUACUGACGGAAGGCCUUCUGUAAAUAUUAGAGUCGGCGCAUACAUAGACUGGAUUGUAUCAAAUAAACCAUCAGGAUGGCAGUAUUGUAACGUUGAGUAAAUGAAACAAAAAAUAUCCAAUUCUGUUUUUUUAAAAUUUUCAGAAAAAUAACACUGUGAUAAUUCAUUGUUUUUAAAUGUCAUUACAUAAUUUUCUAAGGAAAUUCAUUUUUCGCAUUUUACAUAAUUUAUAGAAUAUGAAUAAUAAUAAAUAAUUUAAAAUUAGAAAAAAAAAUGUUUAUAGGUGGCCGUGGUUAAGAAAAUAGUAUAAAUACAUAGAAACUAUAUCGAUUUACUUGAGUAACCUUAAGCAAAGUGUCGAAUUUAAACUUGUUACUGUUUUUCUUAGCGCGUAAAUUAUAAUUACAGUGCAUAGUUCUUACACGUGGAGUCCAGGUCUGUAUGAUUCAAUGGCAAUUAAUUGUUCUUGAACUCCAGUUCAGAAUUGUGGAGUAAAAAAGGCAUAUUUUAAUUAACAGUAUUUUUAGCAUUCACUGAAUCAGAUGAGUAAUAAUAAUUAAAUUUUAUUUCAUAAGCUGGUAAUUCCAUCAGCUUCUUAAACUUAAAACCAAUUACGAUAAAAUAUAAGAUUUAGUUUUUUUAAAUUCUGACAUGAUUUUUUUUGUAACGAAUUAUUAAUUUGCACAAAUAAAUU